CUCUCACACCACCAACACUCACUACAUCUCUCUCUUCCUUCACUCACUCUCUCUUGUUCAUCUACCGGUCUCUGCACCAACACUCAUUCUCCUAGAAAGGAGUGAAACUGCCACAACUCACGUCUCCGGGACGUAUAGAAUUGGACAAUAGAUUAUCAUAGCAGACUAUCAUGCGUGAAGUCAUCUCAAUCCACGUCGGUCAAGCUGGUGUUCAGAUUGGAAACGCUUGCUGGGAGCUGUACACCAUUGAACAUGGUCUCAGCCCUGAUGGUCGAUUGACGGAAGGGUCCACCAGCGAUGACGGUUUUGCGACUUUCUUCUCUGAGACAGGCGCAGGUAAACACGUUCCUCGUUCCCUUUAUGUCGACUUGGAACCCAAUGUCAUCGAUGAAGUCAGGACCGGUACUUACCGUAGUCUUUUCCACCCCGAGACCAUGAUCACUGGCAAAGAAGAUGCCGCCAAUAAUUACGCGCGAGGCCAUUACACUAUCGGCAAAGAAUUGGUGGACACGGUACUCGAACAGGUCCGACGUUUGGCCGACAACUGUUCUGGACUCCAAGGAUUCUUCGUGUUCCACUCCUUCGGUGGUGGUACCGGUUCUGGAUUCGGCGCGCUUCUCAUGGAACGUCUAUCAACUGACUACGGUAAAAAGUCCAAGCUCGAAUUUUCGGUCUACCCAGCCCCCAAGCUGUCAACUUCGGUAGUGGAGCCUUACAACUCGGUACUUACAACCCACACCACUCUCGAGCACUCGGACUGUUCGUUCAUGGUCGACAACGAGGCUAUCUAUGACAUCUGCCGCCGAAACCUCAACAUCUCGUCACCGUCGUUCACAAACCUCAAUCGCCUGAUCGCCCAAGUCGUAUCCUCGAUCACAGCCUCUCUUCGUUUCGACGGAUCUCUGAAUGUCGAUUUGAACGAGUUCCAAACCAACUUGGUUCCAUUCCCAAGGAUCCACUUCCCAUUGGCAACUUACGCUCCAAUCAUCUCGGCUGAAAAAGCCUUCCAUGAGUCAAACACUGUCUCAGAGAUGACGCUUUCUUGCUUCGAGUCCAACAACCAGUUGGUCAAGUGUGAUCCUCGACAGGGAAAAUACAUGGCUUGUUGUCUGUUGUACAGAGGCGACAUUGCUCCCAAAGACACAAACGCCGCCGUUGCCAACGUCAAAACCAAGCGUACAAUUCAAUUUGUUGAUUGGUGUCCUACCGGAUUCAAGCUGGGUAUCUGCAAUGAGCCACCCGCCCUCGUGCCGGGAGGUGACCUCGCCAAGGUGUCACGAUCUCUUUGUAUGCUCUCGAACACCACCGCGAUCGCAACUGCCUGGGCACGACUCGAUAACAAAUUCGAUCUCUUGUAUUCGAAGCGGGCCUUUGUUCAUUGGUAUGUGGGUGAAGGUAUGGAAGAGGGAGAGUUUUCGGAAGCGAGAGAGGAUCUGGCUGCUCUGGAAAAGGAUUACGAGGAGGUUGGAAUGGACUCUGUGGAUCCCGACGAGGAGGAUGGGGAAUACUGAGCCAAGAAGGGGGAAUGGGUGGCUUUUUAUGCGUCUUCUUCACGUUUAGCUUUUGCCGUCUGAGAUUCUUCAUAAUUUGAAUUCCCGUGUCAAUGAUGAAGUUAGAUACGCCGUUUUGA